GCAUCGAUGGUGGCUGAGUACAGACAUCCAACGAGAGGGGGAGCGACGGAGCCUAAAGGUAUUGAAACAAUAGAGUACUAGAUUUCUAGAGAGGAUGUGAAACAAAGGAGAAUAGAGAAAGUGCCUCUUCCGGCUGACCCGUGGGAGGACGGAGGCUCUUCCCAGGACUUCAUCAGCUGGAAGGUGAGUGGAAGGCAGGUCGGAGGAGAAGCCGGGAGCAAGCAGGCUGCUUGGUUUGUCCACGAUGCAGAAGCAGAGAAGAAUCCAGGCUGAAACAUGUCAGCUGCUGCUGCUGCUGCUGCUGCUGCUGCAUGAUCCUUCCCUCCCCAAAUGUGGUGCUGGUCGCUUUAAAAGUGGUGCCUGCAAACGUUCUGCUGGUUGGGAGAUUUUAAAAAGUCUCCUUCAGUUUAGGAUUGAUUGACGCUUUGUGAUUUUUAUGGACGUGUUAGGUUUUUUUUUAGGAACUCUGGGGUUUCAUUCACAAAAUGGGAUUAUAUCUUGCAGAUGAUUUGUGCACCGUUUUAUCUGUUGGCGCCUCUCCUCCGUUGAAGACCCCGCCCCACCUGUCAAAUAUUAAACCAAAAAGUGUGACUGUAUGCACUCCUGGGAAAUGGAUGUAUCUGAAAUACACCUGGGCUUUUAACAUACUUAAAUUGAUGCCAGGAAGAGAAUUCCGGUCAAGUGAGAAUCACAAUCAGAAUUAAAAAGGAAAGCAAAUCCAGCCAGCAAUGAAAGUAUUUCCCACUUCUUCCCCUUCUUCUGGCAGGUAACAGACAAAAGAGAGAACAGGAAGAGAGUUUUGGGCUGGAAAAAAAUUGAGUAUAUAGAACUCAAGCAAGCACUCCCAAAAAAAGGUAAAGAGGGAUCAUUUCAAAAUUCAGAAAAAGGGGAAAUACUCUAGAAAUCCCUGGAGCGGAAAGAGACACUUGGAUAGGCGUAGAAGACAGACAGUCAUGGAAGCUUCACCCUGUGAAGAAGGAAAGAGUAGCUUGGAUGAAAUAAAACCAUAUCUCUGUCCAGGCUGUGGGAAAACUUUCAUUCGGAAUGCUCACCUGUUGAAACACCUGAUGAUUCAUCACGAAGGAGAAAAACUGUAUAAGUGUCAGUAUUGUGAGAAAAGUUUCAGUCAGAAUUACCAUCUGGUGGUACACCUGAGAACUCACACAGGAGAGAAACCCUAUGAGUGUCGGGAUUGUGGGAAAAGUUUCAGUCAUAAUUCCAGCCUGAUGAUACACCAGAGGACUCACACAGGAGAGAAACCCUAUGAGUGCGAGGACUGUGGGAAAGGUUUCAGUCAUAAUUCCGGCCUGAUGAUACACCAGAGGUCUCACACAGGGGAGAAACCCUAUGAGUGUCCGGAUUGUGGGAAAACUUUCAGUCAGAAUUCCAACCUUGUGAAACACAAGAGGAUUCACACAGGAGAGAAACCAUAUGAGUGUCAGGAUUGUGGGAAAAGUUUCAAUGUUAAUUCCAUCCUUGUGAAACACAAAAGGACUCACACAGGAGAGAAACCAUAUGAGUGUCCGGACUGUGGGAAAGAUUUCACUAAUAAGUCUAGUCUUAUAAAUCAUGUAAGUGUACAUACAGGGGAGAAACCUUUCAAAUGCCCAGAGUGUGGACGGUGCUUCUCGCAAACUUCCUCCCUUAAGGCACACAAGAAAGACUCAAUGGGGGAGAAACCAUAUGAGUGUCCAGAUUGUGGAAAAGGUUUUAGUCGGAAUUGCAACCUGACAAUACACCAGAGGACUCACACGGGAGAGAAACCGUACGAGUGUCCAGACUGUGGCAAAAGUUUCAGUCAGAAUUCCAAUCUAAUUAUACAUCAGAGGAUGCACACAGGAGAAAAACCCUAUGAAUGUCCAGAUUGUGGGAAAGGUUUCAGUCAUAAUUCCAAUCUUGUGAAACACCAGAGGACUCACAGAGGGGAGAAACCGUAUGAGUGUCCAGAUUGUGGGAAAGGUUUCAGUCAUAAUUCUAACCUGAUGAUACACCAGAGGACUCACACAGGAGAGAAACCGUAUAAGUGUCUUGACUGUGGGAAAGGUUUCAGUCAGAAUUCCAAUCUUAUUAAACACCUGAGGACUCAUAAUCGAGAGAAACGGUACGAGUGUCCAGAUUGUGGGGAAUGUUUCUUUCAUAAUUCCAACCUGAUGAUACACCAGGAGGCUCACACAGGAAAGAAACCCUAUGAAUGUCCUGAUUGUGGGAAAAGUUUCAGUAAUAAUUCCAACCUUGUGAAACACCAGAGAACUCAUACUGGGGAGAAACCCUAUGAGUGUCCAGAUUGUGGGAAAAGUUUCAAUCAGAAUGCCAACCUGAUGCUACACCAGAGGACUCACACGGGGGAGAGACCAUAUAAGUGUCUGAACUGUGGAAAAUGUUUCACUUGGUAUUCUGGCCUGGUGAUACACCAGAGGACACACACAGGGGAGAAGCCACACGAGUGUCCUGAUUGUGGGAAAGGUUUCAGUACUAGGACUAACCUUAUAAAUCAUGUAGGUUUACACACAGGUGAGAAACCUUUCAAGUGCUCAGAGUGUGGAAAAUGCUUCUCUCAAACCUCUUCCCUUGUUAAACAUAAAAAAAUCCACAUCACCCAAAAGCCUUACAGAUGCUCAGAGUGCGGGAAGAGUUUCAGUUACUCAUCAAACCUAUCUUCCCAUCGGAAAAUCCACACCGGGGAGAGCCCCUACCGAUGCUCGGAGUGUGGGAAAUGUUUUAUAUAG